AUCUCAUCCUAAUCGUGGAAUUUCUAAAUGCUAGUGGGGACUAACGGGCCUGCAAAGCUGUUAAUGCGCAGCACACUCAUCAACGUCAAAGCAUGAAAACAUUCAAUGAGAUUCUAUCACCAUCUUGAUUCUGGCGCCGAAUGAUGCCAGAACAGUUAUAGAAAUGCCUUAUCCAUCGAUGACUUCUCGUUGUUCUACACGUGUGUGUCUCUUGACCCACUAUAUAGGAUGUGUGCGGGUGCAAAGGUAAUCCGACAAGCUUGCACUAUCACCAUGCUGAAGAACGCUGCAACGACCGACUCUCCUCCGGCUCUUCCUGUUAUUGUGGGAGACGAAGCGACCGAUCUCACUCUCGCUAUCUAUACCCCUCGCUCACCUUGUUCAACUAUAACCGUUCAAUACAGCAAUGAUCGCCUCGCUGAGCUAGGCAAACAGGUACUUACUUUGAUUGUAACACAGUAUUUAUUCCACGAGCGGCCGUUUUUGACUGCAACAAAUAUCGAAGAAAGAAGAGAUUCAAUUCUGGACGACGACGAGAUCCUCUCGUGGCUCGGAUUAUACCCCGAGAUGGAGCAGCGCUUCCUUCAGAGAGUAGGACUUGACCCCCUACAUGAUCGAGAGGAGAUAUGUGUCUUCUUUCUCUCUUACGUAGGAGCAAUAUAUAUCAGCAAUGGAAGAUCUACUCGUCCAGUGCUGGAAAACUGGAUCACCGAAUUGAUAUCUCUGGAUUUCUCAACGUCAGGAUCAUCGGGGAGAUCGUCUAGUAUUGCACAUUCAUUGCCCCCACUCUAUCUGGAGACCCCUCCUCUCACUCCAGCCAAUUCACCCCUGAGCUCACCUUCGACUCCGAAUUCCCCAUUGUCGUCUCGUCCGAUAGAUGACAAAACAUUAGCACUUGUUAAUCAAACAGCAAAACAGAAGGGAGUGCUCAUACAGUAUGUAGAUGAACGGGAAGGGGGACUUGAUCAUGACCCCGCGUGGUUGGUGCAUUGUAAAAUAAACGGUCAAGAAAAAGGCUGCGGUAGGGGCAAAAAGAAGAAGGUCGCGAUGGCACUGGCUGCCCGUCAAGCGUAUAUUGCGAUGGAUUGGUAGAAUUGAUGGUCGAAAUGAACGGACGUCGCUGGCCCAAAAUCACUUUCUUGUCUUUGCGACGAAUUUUCAUUACGUGCUGUACAGUAUGUAGUAGUACUUUGCCAUGGGCUAUCUAAUCAAUCAGCGGUUAGAUAACCACCGAUCUAAGGAGAAAGCACCA